GGGGCUGUUUGAAGCCCUUUGGUAUCUGGGGACAGUGAAGGGCAGGGCUGGGCUCGGGAGAAUUGGGACAUUCGUACAAAGAGCUCCCUGGCGGGAUGGGAGCCCUCAGGCUGCUGUGGCUGCUGCUACUGCCGCUUUCAUGGGCAGCCUCAGGCUCGGGGACCGGGACUGGCCAGCGCACCGGCUCACCCGUGGCCGGAUCGCCGCUGCAGCCCCGGGAGCCGCUCAGCUACUCCCGCCUGCAGAGGAAGAGUCUGGCGGUGGACUUCGUGGUGCCCUCGCUCUUCCGUGUCUAUGCCCGAGACCUGCUGCUGCCGCCGUCAUCGUUCACAGAGCCUGGGGCUGGCCCGCCGGAGGCGCGCGGCUGGCUGGCUCUCGACUGCGCCCCUCUGAUCCGGCUGCUGGGGCCACGGCGCGGGGUCUCCUGGGCAGCAGACUCCGACUCGCCCACCCCAGCGGCCACCUCAACGCUGUCCAGGGUGCUGAAGGGCGGCUCGGUGCGCAAGCUCCGGCGCGCCAAGCAGCUGGUGCUGGAGCUGGGUGAGGAGGCGAUCCUUGAAGGCUGCCUGGGGUCCCCAGAGGAGGCGGUUGUGGGGCUGCUCCACUUCAAUCUCAGCGAGCUGUUCAGCUGGUGGAUUCUCCACGGCGAAGGGCGCCUGAGGAUCCGCCUGAUGCCCGAGAAGAAGGCAUCGGAAGUGGGUAGAGAGGGAAGGCUGUCCGCUGCGAUCCGGGCCUCCCAGCCCCGCCUUCUCUUUCAGAUCUUCGGGACCGGUCACAGGCCCUUAGAGCCAUCCACAAACACGCCUUCUCCUUCACCUGAUAAUUUUGUGUGGAAUCUGACCUGGACAAUGAAAGAUUCCUUCCCUUUCCUGUCCCAUCGCAGCCGAUAUGGUCUGGAGUGCAGCUUUGACUUCCCCUGUGAGCUGGAAUACUCUCCUCCACUGCACAGUCCUGGCAACCAGAGCUGGUCGUGGCGCCGUGUGCCCUCUGAGGAGGCCUCCAGCAUGGACUUGCUUGAUGGGCCUGAGGCAGAACGCUCCAAGGAGAUGCCCAGAGGCUCCUUCCUCCUUCUCAACACCUCUGCCAACUCCAAACACACCAUCCUGAGUCCAUGGAUGAGGAGUAGCAGCGAACACUGCACGCUGGCCGUCUCUGUACACAGGCACCUGCAGCCUUCUGGGCGGUAUGUUGCCCAGCUACUGCCCCAUAAUGAAGCUGGAAGAGAGAUUCUCCUGGAGCCCAGUCCAGGGAAGCAUGGUUGGACAGUGCUUCAGGGAAGAGUUGGCCGUCCAGACAACCCAUUCCGAGUAGCUCUGGAAUACAUCUCCAGCGGAAACCGAAGCUUGUCUGCAGUGGACUUCUUUGCCCUGAAGAACUGCAGUGAAGGAACAUCCCCAGGCUCCAAAAUGGCCCUGCAGAGCUCCUUCACCUGUUGGAAUGGGACAGCCCUGCAGCUCGGGCAAGCCUGUGACUUCCACCAGGACUGCAGCCAGGGAGAAGAUGAGGGCCAGCUCUGCCGUAAUCUCCCUGCUGGCUUUUACUGCAACUUCGAGAAUGACUUCUGUGGCUGGUCCCAAGGCAUCCUCUCACCCCACACCCCCCGCUGGCAGGUCAGGAGUAUAAAGGACACCUGGUACCAGGACCACCAAGGCCAUGCCCUGAUGCUCAGCACCACUGAGGUCCCUAGCUCUGAAAAUGCUACUGUGACCAGUGCUACGUUUCCGGCACCAAUGAAGAACUCUCCCUGUGAGCUCCGAAUGUCCUGGCUCAUCCGUGGAGUUUUGAGAGGAAAUGUGUCUUUGGUGCUGGUGGAGAACAAAACUGGGAAGGAACAGAGCAGGAGAAUCUGGCACGUUGCAACUGAUGAAGGCUUGAGCCUGUGGCAGUGGACGGUGUUGCCUCUCCUGGAUGUGUCAGACAGGUUCUGGCUGCAGAUUGUCGCAUGGUGGGGACAAGGAUCCAGAGCCACUGUGGCAUUUGACAAUAUCUCCAUCAGCCUGGACUGCUACCUCACCAUUAGUGGGGAGGACAGGAUAUUCCAGACUGCUGAAGAACCCAAAUCAAGAAACCUGUUUGAGAGAAACUCACACAAGGAGCUGAAAGCGGAGGAAAAUACAUCAAGAGAGACCCAUACCUUUGACCCUACAGUGCAUUGGCUGUUCACCACGUGUGGUGCCAGCGGACCCCACGGCCCCACACAGGCCCAGUGCAACAAUGCUUACCAGAACUCCAACCUGAGCGUGGUAGUGGGCAGCGAAGGACCCUUGAAGGGCAUUCAGAUCUGGAAAGUGCCGGCCACCGACACGUACAGUAUCUCAGGCUACGGAGCUGCUGGCGGGAAAGGCGGGAAGAACACCAUGAUGAGGUCCCACGGUGUGUCUGUGCUGGGCAUCUUCAACCUGGAGAAGGACGACACACUGUACAUCCUGGUGGGGCAGCAAGGGGAGGACGCCUGCCCGAGUACAAACCAGUUGAUCCAGAAAGUCUGCAUUGGAGAGAAUAAUGUGAUCGAAGAAGAAAUCCGCGUGAACAGAAGUGUACACGAGUGGGCAGGAGGAGGAGGUGGUGGAGGUGGAGCCACCUAUGUGUUUAAGAUAAAGGAUGGAGUGCCUGUGCCCCUCAUCAUUGCGGCUGGUGGAGGUGGCAGAGCCUAUGGUGCCAAGACAGACACGUUUCACCCAGAGAGACUGGAAAAUAAUUCCUCGGUUCUAGGGCUCAAUGGCAAUUCCGGAGCCGCAGGUGGUGGAGGCGGCUGGAAUGAUAAUACUUCCUUGCUCUGGGCUGGAAAGUCUUUGCUGGAGGGUGCUGCCGGAGGACAUUCCUGCCCCCAGGCCAUGAAGAAGUGGGGGUGGGAGACAAGAGGGGGUUUCGGAGGGGGUGGAGGGGGGUGCUCCUCAGGUGGAGGAGGCGGAGGAUAUAUAGGUGGCAAUGCUGCCUCAAACAAUGAUCCCGAAGUGGAUGGGGAAGAUGGGGUUUCCUUCAUCAGUCCAUUGGGCGUCCUGUAUACCCCGGCUUUAAAAGUGAUGGAGGGCCAUGGGGAGGUGAAUAUCAAGCAUUACCUCAACUGCAGUCACUGUGAGGUAGACGAAUGUCACCUGGACCCUGAGAGCCACAAGGUCAUCUGCUUCUGUGACCAUGGAACAGUCUUGGCAGAGGACGGUGUCUCCUGCGUUGUGUCACCCACCCCGGAACCCCAUCUGCCACUCUCGCUGAUCCUGUCCGUUGUGACCUCUGCCUUGGUGGCCGCCCUUGUCCUGGCAUUCUCUGGCAUCAUGAUUGUGUACCGCCGGAAGCACCAGGAGCUGCAAGCCAUGCAGAUGGAGCUGCAGAGCCCCGAGUAUAAGCUGAGCAAGCUGCGUACCUCAACUGUCAUGACUGACUACAACCCCAACUACUGCUUCGCUGGCAAGACCUCUUCUAUCAGUGACCUGAAGGAGGUACCUCGGAAAAACAUCACCCUCAUUCGGGGUCUGGGCCAUGGUGCCUUUGGGGAGGUGUAUGAAGGCCAGGUGUCAGGCAUGCCCAAUGACCCUAGCCCCCUACAAGUAGCUGUAAAGACGCUGCCAGAGGUGUGUUCAGAACAGGACGAGCUGGAUUUCCUCAUGGAAGCCCUGAUCAUCAGCAAAUUCAACCACCAGAACAUCGUGCGCUGCAUUGGGGUGAGCCUGCAAGCGCUGCCCCGAUUCAUCCUGCUAGAGCUCAUGGCCGGGGGAGACCUCAAGUCCUUCCUGCGGGAGACGCGCCCACGCCCGAAUCAACCCUCCUCCCUUGCCAUGCUCGACCUUCUGCAUGUGGCUCGCGACAUUGCCUGUGGCUGUCAGUACCUAGAGGAAAACCACUUCAUCCACCGGGACAUUGCUGCCAGAAACUGCCUCCUGACCUGUCCUGGUCCUGGAAGAAUAGCAAAGAUUGGGGACUUUGGGAUGGCACGAGACAUCUAUAGAGCCAGCUACUAUAGAAAGGGAGGGUGUGCCAUGCUGCCGGUUAAGUGGAUGCCCCCCGAGGCCUUCAUGGAAGGAAUAUUUACUUCUAAAACAGACACAUGGUCCUUUGGAGUGCUGCUGUGGGAGAUCUUUUCCCUCGGGUACAUGCCUUACCCCAGCAAGAGCAACCAGGAAGUGCUGGAGUUCGUCACCAGUGGAGGACGGAUGGACCCACCCAAGAACUGCCCUGGGCCUGUAUAUCGAAUAAUGACUCAGUGCUGGCAACAUCAACCUGAAGACAGGCCCAACUUUGCCAUCAUUUUGGAGAGGAUCGAAUACUGCACCCAGGACCCUGAUGUCAUCAACACUGCUCUGCCCAUAGAAUAUGGCCCACUUCUGGAGGAGGAGGAGAAAGUGCCCAUGAGGCCCAAAGACCCCGAGGGGAUGCCUCCUCUGCUUGUGUCUUCCCAACAGGCAAAACAGGAGGAACACAGUCCAGCUGCCCCAGCUCCUCUGUCCACCACAUCCUCUGGCAAAGCUGCGAAGAAACCCACAACUGCUGAGGUGGCUGUGCGAGUCCCCAGGGGGCUUCCCAUGGAAGGGGGACAUGUGAACAUGGCAUUCUCUCAGUCCAACCCACCAUCAGAGCUGCACAAGGUUCAGGGAUCCAGAAAUAAGCCAACCAGCUUGUGGAACCCAACAUACGGCUCAUGGUUUACAGAGAAACCUGCCAAAAAGAACAAUCCUCCAGCCAAGAAGGAGCCACAUGAGAAGAGGAGCCUGGGCCAUGAGGGAAGCUGUACUGUCCCAGCCAACGUGGCCACUGGCAGACUUCCAGGGGCCUCACUGCUUCUGGAGCCAUCUGCGCUGACUGCCAGCAUGAAGGAGGUACCUCUGUUCAGGCUGCGCCACUUCCCUUGUGGGAAUGUCAACUAUGGCUACCAACAGCAAGGCUUACCUUUAGAGGCCACCGCUGCCCCUGGAGCUAGUCCUUAUGAGGACACCAUUCUGAAAAGCAAGAGCAACGUAAACCAGCCUGGGCCCUGAGCUGGUCGGACACUCAACUUUCUCCCCCCUCUCCUUUGGGGAGAGGGAUAUAAUAUCUCCACCAUAAACCAGAGACCAAAUGUCACUUUCAUUUUGUGCCAACCUGUUUUGAAGUGCCACAUUUUAAAAAAAAAUGUAUUUUCACAAUGCUUUAAAAAAAAAAAGAUAUUGAGCAUGGGUUCAUCUUAUUCUUUGGAAAAAAGAAAAAUCCCAUAAAGACGAGUGAUUAAAAAAAAAAAAACAUUCCAAGGCCCAGAUGGGUUGCAUAAGGUUUUCAUGCAUGGUUGUUGUGUACCCCCUUAUGCUUCUCUUCUGUUGUGUGUGCCCUGCUUCCGUGUAGUCAGAACUAGCUGCUGUAUAGUUCACAGUGGGAGGCAAAGAUGUUGCCCUUACCUUGUUGAUGCGGACAUGAAUCAUUCUGAGGGGUGAGGGGACAGAAAUAAAGCAAUUCAUUGCAAUGAUUCAGCAUGGAGAAAGACCUUCUUUACUCAGAAGAGAAAAAUCACAGGCAACUUACUGAGCCAUCGCUUUAAAUGGUGGUUAGAUGCUUUAAUUGUUCUAACUUAUCACCAAUUGUAUAAAAAAAAAAGUCGUGAAUAGUUCCAUAGUACAGAGAAAAUGUGUAUAUACUCAUCAAAUGCAUACAUCCUAAGUGCUUUGAGAAUGGUAAGACACCAGUAGAGGUUCAGAGAUGGCAGUCACCCUGUUGAUGGAUAUACCUCAUGCCUUAAGAAAAUUAUUCUACUAAAAGUUUGGGUUUUUUUUUAAUGAGUGUGAGGUUUCCUACUGGAUUUACAAUUCAAGAUUUAAAUUGCUUUCCAACUUUCCACUAGUUCAAAUCUGAUUGCUGAAAAGCAAAAGUUGUCAGCAGCAGUGAUACAUGGAUGCAUAAAAACAGGUCCAUUUGUGAAUACAUGUGUCCACACAGCUGAGACCCAAACCUCCUAACAGCUUCCGUCAUGAAGACCACCAAACUGAAGCCCCCUCCUUCCUGGUGGGCUGGGCCAUUGGAGGAACUGGCCCUUCAGUGGGUCUAGAAAACUUCAAAUUUGGUAUCUUUCCUUUCUAUUCCUUUGAGUUCAUUCUCCCUUAAGGAUGUGUUGAAGUACUCAGAAUUUAUGUAGCUAUCCAAUGCAGAUGAGAACAAUUUUCCCUCGAGGUAACAAUGAGGAACGGAAUGGGGUGGUGGAGAAUGAGGGUUGACAUUGACACUGUUCAUAGUCAUUCACAAACUGAUUUCCACAGAUAAAAUUUAUUUUGAUGAAACAGAAUCAGGAACCCAUUAAAUUUUACACACACACACUUACGCAACAGUGUUUUUGUCUUCUAAGUGUUCCUGUCAUUUAUUCUUU